AUGACUGAAGCUGGCGCCUCAACCUUAUCCUCGUCAGUGUCUUUGAUUAAGACCAUCAUCGGUGCUGGGCUUUUGUCAAUGCCAUUGGCUUUCAGCACUGAUGGGUUGAUUCUUGGGUGGUGGAUUAUCUUGUUAGCAGGUUUAACUUCAGGAUUUGGAUUGUUCUUACAGACAUAUGUUUCCAAAUAUGUUCCUCCAGGGCAAGCGACGUUUUUCAGCAUAUGCUCAAUCACCUACCCAAGCUUAUCAGUCAUGUUUGAUUUUGCAAUUGCAGUACAAUGCUUUGGUUGUGCGAUCCUGUACCUCGUCUUGAUUGGUGAUUUGAUGCCAACUAUAGUAAGAAACUAUGCCAAUAGCAAAACUUGGACCUUAGCUUCUUCCAUAAUCUGUGUUCCACUUUCGUUUUUGAAGAAUUUGGACUCUUUGAAAUAUACUUCAAUCUUGGGGUUACUUGCCAUUGCUUAUAUGUCUUUGUUAGUAGUCGGGCACUAUUUCGUAGGAGAUAUUGCACGUGAUUAUCCUGAAAUGAAAGGUCCUGUUACGUUGUGGCCCCAGUCGCUUUCAGCUAUUUUUUCAACCUUUUCAAUCAUUGUCUUUGCAUUCACUGGUCAUCAGAACAUGUUCUCCAUCAUAAAUGAAGCUCAAAAUAAGUCACAAGCUUCUUUAUCUCUUUUGGUGUUUGUGGCCAUUAUUGUCUCCGCAGUGUUAUUCAUAGUUGUUGGCUUAGCAGGAUAUUUGACCUUUGGUCAAAACGUUUCAGGAAAUGUCAUUCAAAUGUUCCCCAAUGGAAUCUUAGCCACGAUAGGUAGAUCGAGUAUCGUAUUUAUGGUGAUAUUUUCUUUCCCAUUGAUGUUACAUCCUGCUAGAAUUAGUGUUAACAAUAUUUACUUUUGGUUUCUGCAAUGGUUGCAAGUUAGACCUGAGGAAACUACGCCUUUGUUAGCGGGAGAACAAGCAGAUGUACAGAACGAUGAAAUAGAAAGUGAUAGAGUUGCUACAGCACCUGUGGUACCUCUAUCAAAUAAUGUAUUCAACGUCAUUACUACGACGCUUCUUAUUGUUGGUUACACGGCUGCUGUGACUGUCAAAUCUUUCGCGCUUGUUUUAGCUAUUGUUGGAGCUACAGGCUCUACAGCAAUUUCAUUCAUAUUACCAGGUUUAUUUGGAUAUAAGCUUAUUGGGAGUGGAGUAAGUGAGCCAAAAAAGUCAGAAAAGAUUUUAAAGUUCUUAUCGUUGGUAUUGGUUUUUUGGGGUUUUGCAGUUAUGAUAUUAUGUCUUUAUACUAGUUUAUACUUAUAA